AUGGCACCGACUAAACUUAAGAUCAAGGGCAAUAAAGCCUUUUCACUUUUAUCAACUAUUGAUACCGAUGAAGAUUUAUCAAAAACUUGGCGUUUAAUGACAAAAGUCAAAGAUGCCUUAGAAUAUGGAAUGCGUUUAGAAAAUUUAUCAUGGCGUCUUUGGUUUAUGCACCACCUUAUGGUACAUGAUCAAAAAACCAGAAAUCAAUUUAAAAAAUUACAAAAUGUAACUACUAAAAAAUUAGAAAUAGAAAAGGCUACUGAACUUAAAGACUUACCUGUUCCAAGUUAUCGGCCUAAAUCUCAAGAUACUGUAGUUGAAAAGAAAGGGAAGAAGAAGGCUACAAAAAAGCUCUCCACCCCUAUAAUGCAAUCAAAAAAGGAUGAUGAAAAUAUCGCCAAUGUAACUUCUAUUACUGAAUCUUCUACUAUCGAUAUUGACGAUGGUAUACUUGUUAAUGUUGGUCAUGAUGUUACCCAUGAUGAUGCUGAAGGUGUUCUUUCAACGAUUAAUGAUAGUAGAUCUUUUGAAGAUUUAUGGAACGAUGUACAUAGUCGCAAUUUAUAUAAUCUACGUCAAUACACUAGCGAUCAAGAUCCAUUUCAAGUUGUUUCAUUACCUAGCGUUUUCGAUCGCAUUAAUGCUCAAGCUAUAUUACAUCCUAAUCAUCUACCUAUAAUGCAGCUUGAUUUGGAUCAAAUGAUUGGUGUUUAUACUAUAUCUCCUGAACCUUCUGAACCAAAUUCUCCUACUAUGGAAUGGUACGACAACAACAUUUUACCGCCUGACACAAUCACUCAACAAACGUCAACCUUGCAAUAUCCAAUGUCUAAUUCUGUUUACGUUCCAAGAACUACUGGAGGUUCUCCCGUUAAUUCUGCUUCUAUUAACUCAAACUUAAUAACGCCAAUUA